AUUUGAAUAGAUGCGUCGUCGCUCUGCUUUCGGUGCCGACUCAGUGCGUUGAGCAGCACAGCAGCCAGACGGACCGGCUGGGGAAGAGAAAGACGGACGGACGGACAAGUAACGACCCUCCAGGCCCAGACAUCACCCGCCGCCUCGCCGCACCUCUCAGUUUCAGGUUCUACUACUGAUUCAGGUUCCCAACAUGGCUGCCACACCGAUCUCCCAGGAGGAGCUGGAGGAACUUAGAGAAGCUUUCGCCAAGAUUGAUGUGGACAACAACGGAUUUAUCAGCAAAGAUGAGCUCAAUGAGCUCUUCAGAGCUGCCAACCUGCCGCUGCCGGGCUACAGAAUCCGAGAGAUCGUCCAGGAGCUGACCAAGACCAGCGACAACCUCACCUUCGACGAGUUUGCUAAUAUCGUCCACGGGCUGAAGAGCACCGAGGUGGCAAAGACCUUCAGGAAAGCCAUCAAUAAGAAGGAGGGAAUCUGUAACGUGGCAGGAACCUCAGAGCAGUCUGGAACCCAGCACUCCUACUCAGAGGAGGAGAAGGUGGCCUUUGUGAACUGGAUCAAUAAAGCUCUGGAGAAGGACGGCGACUGUAAACACGUUCUGCCGAUGGAUCCCGACAGCAACGACCUGUUCACCGCCAUGGGAGACGGAAUCAUCCUCUGUAAAAUGAUCAACCUGUCUGUCCCCGACACCAUCGACGAGAGAACCAUCAACAAGAAGAAGCUCACACCUUUCACCAUCCAGGAGAACCUGAACUUGGCUCUGAACUCUGCGUCGGCCAUCGGCUGCCACGUGGUGAACAUCGGAGCUGAGGACCUGAAGGAGGGCAGGCAGCACCUGGUCCUGGGUCUGCUGUGGCAGGUCAUCAAGAUCGGACUGUUCGCCGACAUCGAGCUCAGCAGGAACGAAGCUCUGAUCGCUCUGCUGCGUGACGGGGAGAGUCUGGAGGAUCUGAUGAAGCUUUCCCCCGAGGAGCUGCUGCUGCGUUGGGCCAACUAUCACCUGGAGGAGGCCGGCUGCGGGAAAAUCAACAACUUCAGCUCCGACAUCAAGGACUCCAAGGCGUACUACAGCAUCCUGAACCAGGUGGCACCCAAAGGAGAUGAGGAGGGAAUCCCCCCCAUCGCCAUCGACAUGUCAGGAAUCAGGGAGAAAGAGGACCUGAAGCGAGCUGAGUGCAUGCUGGAUCAGGCCGACCGGCUCGGCUGCAGGCAGUUCGUCAUGCCGGCAGACGUCGUCCGCGGCAACCCCAAGCUCAACCUGGCCUUCGUUGCCAAUCUGUUCAACAAGUACCCGGCUCUGAAGAAGCCGGAGAACCAGGACAUCGACUGGAGCUCCAUCGAAGGUGAAACCAGGGAGGAACGAACCUUUAGGAACUGGAUGAACUCGCUGGGAGUCAACCCUCGAGUCAACCACCUCUACGCAGACAUCGACGACGCUCUGGUUAUCUUCCAGCUGUACGAGAAGAUCAAGGUUCCGGUGGACUGGGACCGAGUCAACAAACCUCCCUACCCCAAACUGGGCAGCAACAUGAAGAAGGUUCGUGACCGCAUCUUCAAGCUGGAGGACAAAAUAGAGGAGAUGGAGAAACACAUGAGGGAGCUCCAAGAGGAAAACUCUCAACUGCUCAGUCAAGUCCACAGCGAUAGCAGAAAGAUAAAGAGUCAGGAGGAACAUCUGCAGGCCUACAGAGAAAUGGAGGCAACCAACAAACGCCUUCAGGACAGCAAGAAAGAGUUGGAAUUAAACUCUGUUAUUUUUGAAGUUUUCUCCGUUCUAAAUGCCGUCUGUCCUCUCAGAUACACCCUGAACAUCCUGGAGGACCUCGGCGACGGUCAGAAAGUCACCGACGACACCAUUGUGUCCUGGGUCAACGACACGCUGACACAGGCUGGAAAACCUACCAUCUCCAGCUUCAAGGACGGCUCCAUCAGCAGCAGCAUGCCGGUUCUGGACCUGAUCGACGCCAUCCAGCCCGGAUCCAUCAGAUAUGACCUGCUGAAGACAGAAGACCUGACGGACGAGGAGAAACUCAACAAUGCAAAGUACGCCAUCUCCAUGGCCAGGAAGAUCGGCGCCAGAGUUUACGCGCUGCCUGAGGACCUGGUGGAGGUCAAACCCAAGAUGGUGAUGACGGUGUUCGCCUGCCUCAUGGCCCGAGGCAUGAAGAGAGCCUGAAGAGCAGAACGAGCUCCCAGAAUGUGAGAGAAAGACGAGGAGAUGAACGAUUCAGAGAGAUAGUCUAAAGACUGGAAAUACUGCUGAGUUUAUCAAUAUUUCAAGUUUUCGUAGCUCACUAUGCAGAAAUGUGUGAAGUUGUGGUUUUAAAUCCACAACUUCAUCACUUCCCACAUUUCUGUUGGACAAAAUGUACUUUUCAAGUGACCAAAACUUGAAAUAUUGAUAAAUUCAGGUGGUUUUUAGCAAGAUUACGGGAAGAAAACUUCAUAUUAAAACCAAUUUAAUGCAUCAUGAUAAUGAGAAGGUCCUCAAUUGUGCUUGGUGAAGUCUUAAACAUCCAACCAGCAAGAUUUCUGCCUUUAAAUUAAUAUUUUUCAGGACUAAAAGCGCAUCAAUAACUCGUUUUCAUCUUAAUCAAUAUAUAAGUUUCUGGUUCUAGACUGUGAAAGUGCCCAAAAACUGACCGAAGGCAGAAAAAGGCCUUUAAAGAGGCCUUUAAAUAAAUGAAUUUUUGAGAAGGAAACAGUAUUUUUUAAAGACUGUAUUGACAUUUUUCUGAUCUUCUGUCAGUUUCAGGCUUUUUGUCGCCUUUUAAAAUGAAGAUUUGCUGCAUUUUCUCAGUCACUAAAUCUAAUUUUAUGGGUUUUUUGCCAUUACUCAUCAACUGCAUCUUUAAAAAGAACUAAUAAUGAAGUAUUUCCUCCUCUCUUUGCUGCACUAUCAUUGUUUUUUUUUCUAAAGACCUCAGGUUGUUAUUUUCUUCUGUAAAUGUAAAAGGAGUUUUCUGCAGCAGGUUCACCACAUUUUUACUGUUUAUUUCUUGUGCCAGAUCAGGACAUUUAUGCCAAAUGUACACAACAAAUAAACUGAUUUUUGUACUAAAA